AGAAAAUUCACUCCCCAGCCACCACCGGAGCUGCGGGUUGGGCGAACAGCGGCCGUCCUCCCCGCCCCACCGCCUCAUGCGGUCCGCCAUUGGCCUCAGCGUAUUGCCAGAUCCGCCUUCACGCGCGCCAAUUGGGCGCCAUGUUGGGAAGGUCGCGUCGCGACGCCCUGCCCCUCCCUGCUUUGGCCUACGCAACACUUCCGGCUGCGCGUCGCUUCCCUACGGACUGCUUCCGGCCCCGCCCGCGGUGGCCUCUUGUUUCCUGUGUCUGGUUCGGACAGCGUCCGGCCCCGCGCCCCUUGAGCCCCGCCCACUGACCCGGCGUCCGUGGACUCCCCUCCGUGCGAGCGCGGCCUCAUGGCCGGGGCCCGGCGCUUUCGGUUCCGGGACGAGCCAGGUCCCGGAGGCGACGGGGCGGUGCUGGAGGUUCGCGUCCCGCAGGUCCUGCAUGUCCAGUAUGGGAUGUAUGUUUGGCCCUGUGCUGUAGUCCUGGCCCAGUACCUGUGGUUUCACAGAAGAUCUCUGCCAGGCAAAGCUGUCUUAGAGAUUGGAGCUGGAGUGAGCCUUCCAGGGAUUUUGGCCGCUAAAUGUGGUGCAAAAGUAGUAUUAUCUGACAGCUCAGAGUUUCCUCACUGUCUGGACAUCUGUUGGCGAAGUUGCCAGAUGAAUAACCUGCCACAGGUGCAAGUUGUAGGACUGACAUGGGGCCACAUAUCAAAGGACAUUCUGUCCUUGCCACCACAAGACAUCAUUCUUGGAUCUGACGUGUUCUUUGAACCAGAAGACUUUGAAAGCAUUUUAGCCACAGUGUACUUUCUGAUGCAGAAGAACCCAAAAGUUCAAUUUUGGUCCACAUACCAGGUCAGAAGUGCUGACUGGUCACUUGAAGGCUUGCUCUACAAGUGGGAUAUGAAAUGUGUGCACAUUCCUCUGGAGUCUUUUGAUGCAGACAAGGAAGAUAUAGCAGAGUCUACCCUUCCAGGAAGACAUACUGUUGAAAUGCUGAUCAUCUCCUUUGCAAAGACAGUUUCUGAAUGAACUGCACCUUAAGCUGUUCUGGGACUUAGUAACCUGGAUGAAUUAUAUUGAGGAAACUCAAUGGAUAUGAAGAUUGUCAAUUCUGCAGGCCUUAUGUCUAUGAUGUUAUGCCUAGGGUAGCAUUCAACAUAAACAGAAUUAAACACUGAAAAGGACUUGGACUGCUCCCAGUCAUUAAAGUAGGACCAUGUUGACACUGAAGUACCAGGAAAGAGUCCAACCACACAUUUUCCUGUUGAGGGAAAGGGAACUCAAUAUUUUCUAUACAAGGCCAUUAACAUUCAAUGUAAAUAAUCGCACAGGACUUAGAUUAAAUGAGGAAAAUAAAAGAACAGGACAUAUUCUCAAAAAAGCUAACACCAAGAAAACACUUUAAUCAAACUACAGAAACAAUGGUUAUAGUACAGAAUAUUCAUAAGCAAAAGAUACACCAUGUUUUAAGUACUUACAAAGUUACAAACCAUUUGCUUCCUUAACAUUUUCUGAUUUUUUUUUAAGUUCACAACACAAGGAUGAUCAGAUUUACCAUUUUGCGCUUUUUUUUGAGGGAAGGGGGGGUGUAUUUAUCAUCAGCUAGAUGUGCUCACUGUAUGCUCCAUUAUUUAUAUGCAAGGCCCGGGUGACUGGAAGUGCAGUUGUCAGGCAUUUUAAUAAACUGGACAGCCAUUUGUUUCUGCACGACAAGGCAUCUUUACACAGGAGCAAUCAGGAGAAAACAGGAAACAGCCAAGCACUCUGCACUGCAACACGCCACCUUAACAGCUAACCAGCAUUACUCAACUGCUACACAACUGCGCCUAGUGCACAAAAAUACAUAAGAGAAGAGAUUAGAAUUGUGUCGGGUAAACAAUCCUUUAAAAAAAAAAAAAUUAAGUCUUUUCACCUGAAAAGUCUUUAUACAAAUUUGGGUUCAGAUUAUCAUUUAGACCUGAAGGUAAAUAACAUAUAUGAACAAAUUACACCAACUUUAAUAGGUAUUUAAUUUUUAAGGAGUGAAGGCAAUGCUGAGUCAAUCUGCUAACAGCUUUAUCUUUAGCUGUAUGUAAGGGCUGCACAUGUUUCCUUAUUAAGUCAGGAGGCCACAAAUUAGGUUACCAAUCUGUUUAAUUUCAAACAAAAAAAGUCAGCACUAUAAACAAAAAUGAAAUUUUACCUCAAAUAUCCAAUCCAAUAAUGAAAUCUGAAGUCGCUCACCUCACUAAAUUACAAGAAAUUUGAAUAACAGCAACACAAUGGCACAUAAAAUGAAGUUUGCCACCUGAGGCAGAUUAAAACAAGUAAAAAGUUAGACAAAUGUUACAAAAUAACCUUUUUAAUAGCCAGUUGCUUGUUCCAAGGACUCUUCCAUGGACCGCUGGACUGAGUUUGUGGUCCUUUCCCCAAAAGUCCUCUGUUAAGCCGCUUGCCGAUCCAUCUAGGUUUGAAAAGAAAGAGGUUCAGUUUACUUUCCACUAUUACAAAGGAACCAAAGUGCACAUGGUUUCAGUAUCAGGCAUGUACUUACUAAGGCUCUGGUGAAACAAGUAGGUUACAGAAGGUUCCACCUGGCCAUUUCAGUUUUUUUUUUAAAGGCCCAAAUGGGAGUUUUUCCAAAGGGUACCACCAGUACGUUCGAAUGUAUGUGAUUCUUGGCCAAAUAACCAAGGCAAAAGAAAAAGGCAAGGGAGGGUUUAAAAGAAUUAAAAAAAAAAAAAAAAAAAAA